GUCACACUUGUGAAGUCCCAUCUCUUGUUUUAAAUUUUUAGCUAAAUUCCCGCUAAACCUUUCUGGAAAUAGAUAAAACGGUACAACUGCUGAAAUUGAUUAAUUAUUAAUACGAAAAUCGGCCCGAUAUCGUUGAUAAACAUCCGCUGGAGUUUAGAGGCAACCAGAGCGAGCGGAUCCGUACCGCCCGCCCACUAGAUUAAGCCAGAAUCGCAGCUGAUACAGUACAAAAGCAACUGCCGUGCCGUGGGGUAAAGUUCACAGCACUUUUCCUUUUGUCCGGAGUCAGUCGGAAUCCGUCGCCAUGGUCGACAACAACAAUCUGCGCAGUGCGGUGAUCAACGAGGCGCCCCUGCUGCCGCCCUCGAGCAGCAUCGGAGUGGGCGUGUCCAGCGGCAUAUCUCCGCCGGAGGCAGUGCUGCGCACACCGUACGGCAAUGUUAGGGCGCUCCCCGGUCCGGCGCAGCCUCCUCCUCUACCUCAGUCGCCGUUCCAGCAGAGCCAACAGUACGGUGGAUUCGGCGGCGGCUACGGCGGCAACAGCUACGGUCUCGGCGGAUUCGGUGGCUUUAACAACGGCGCCUUUGGAUACGGCGGAAUGGGCGGCUUUGGAAGUGGCUACGGAUACGGUGGCGGCUACGGCGGAGGCUAUGGCGGUGGAUACAACAGAUACGGGGCCGCCGGCGCCAAUGAUCCCGAACAGCGAUUCAUUCAGAUGGCCGAGGCCAGCUCACGUCCGGCCUUUCAGAGCAUCGAAUCGCUGGUCUCGGCCAUUGGCAACAUCGCCUCCAUGCUGGACUCCACAUUCUUCGCGCUGACCAGCUCGUUCCGGGCCAUUCUCGGUGUGGCGGCGAACUUUGGUCGGCUGCGCAGUGUAUUCGCCCAGUUCUGGACGACAUUUGCCAUAUUUCGGGGUCUGAACUGGAUCUACAGGAAGAUUCUCUUCUGGCUGCGACUCUCGAAUCUGGACCCUUCUUCGGCGGCCUUCAAGAAGGCCUUUGCAGAGGCCCUCAACGAGAACCAACCGCAGGCGGGCGGAGCGCCCCAAGCUCCGCGUAAGGGCAACUCCCCCUGGCCAGUGCUGGCCUUCAUUAGCUUCAUCUUCACAGCUCCCUAUUUGAUCAUGAAGCUGCUGGGCACCGUGACGAACACCGCCCAGGAGGAAGCGCGCAAUCCAGCAAAGUGGACGGCACCGAUUCAGACCCAGGCCGUUUACGACUUCGUGGGGCGCAGCCAGAGCGAGCUUUCGCUGCGUGCCGGCCAAACGCUUCAUGUGGCCCCGCGCGACAUCCAGCAGACUCUCAAUCUGCUCAACACCGGCUGGGCCCUGGCCACCACGAACGGCCAGACGUCCGGCAUCAUUCCAAUUAGCUAUGUAAAAUCGCCGCAGCAGAUGCGGCAGGAGGUCCAGGAUCAGAUGAAGCCCGCCCAGCCACAGCCCGAACUGAUGGACUUGUCGGCGGGAGCCUUCGCUUCUCCGCCGUUGGAGCAGCAAAUGAACUACGACUUCAACCUGGCCGCCCAGCAGCAGGAGCCUCUGGGUCCGCCCUCAACGACGACAGCUGUCCUGGGCGAGGGAUUCGCCUGAGCUGAGCUGUAUAUGCUCUGGGUAUUAGCUUUAGUUUUAGUUAUGUUUUGGUUCAGCUUCUGUAAACGUACGUCCUUGUAUUUUAAGUUAGCUUCCGCCUUUUGUAUAUUUCCAUUUAGUUGUAAAUGUUAAUUAUUCAGCGAUCCCAAUGAAAGUAAACAUAAACCAUA